ACCGACUCUAUCUGAUCUCAUCACAUCUUAUUCAAUUCAAUUCAGGAAAAGUCGAAAAAAAGAAAAAAGAAACCUCUCUGUUUUUUGGUUUCCGAAGAAAUAAAAAAAAAUGUCGUUCUUGGAGAAGGCCAAGGCGUUUUUGGCAGAGAAAGUGGCGGCGAACGUGAAGACCCCGGAGGCGAGUGUGACGGACGUGGAUCUCAAGCGCGUGAGCCUUAGCUCCGUCGAGUACCUGGCCAAGAUCACUGUGGAUAACCCCUACGGCGUUGACAUACCUAUCUGUGACAUCUGCUAUCUCCUCAGAAGUGCAGGAAGAGAGAUAGCAUCGGGUACAAUUCCGGACCCAGGAUCGCUGAAGGGGCAUGACAGGACUUUACUGGAAGUACAAAUGAAGGUGGCUCACAGCUUGCUGGUGAGCUUGGUAAAGGACAUUGGUGCGGAUUGGGACAUUGACUACGAGCUCGAGAUUGGUCUCACCAUUGAUCUUCCUAUCGUCGGUAACAUCACCCUUCCUCUAGAGAAGAAGGGUGAGGUCAAGCUCCCCACUCUCGCCGAUGUCUUUUAAAUGUUGCUUCUUUUUACUCCAAGCACAUCAUCGAUACAAAAACAAAAAACUAAAUAAAUCCUUCUACCUAAUUUCAUGUUUAUACAUGUAUUAUGUACUGUUUUUGUGUAAUUUUCUACCUUCAUUGGUAUUAUCCUUCAGAUUAAUCAAUAUGCAAAAGUUUUUUAUGCGCUUUACUUUUUA